GGUCGGUCUCCGCCUGUUGUCGUCUGUGUAGUGUACGGCACUCACCGGUCAGGGGCACGAUAAACCACACAGACCAGAUAGCUGAAAUCAAUCCACUCCCUGUAGUUUUUUAUUCGUUUGUCUCCCUUGGAACACUGGGAGCGUCUGGCGCUUCAUUUUCCCUCGUCGAAGGACUGGGUGAGGGAGGAAGGAACCGGGAGAGAUCCAGCGCUGAACCGAUCUAUCGGGGGGCGCUAGACUCUGCUCAAAUUUCUGCCUCUUCAUUGCCACAACCUACAAGAAGCACUCGGCCAUGAAGACUUCCAGCGUCAUCCUUCUGCACCUCGUCCUCCUUGCACUCUUCGCCUGCCGCUCUUUCGCUCAGAAUGAGGCAGAAGUCGUGGUUACAACGCGUCAGGGACGCGUCCAGGGAGUCCGUCUCCCUGUGCCAGACCACGGUCACGUCGUAGCCUUCCUGGGCAUCCCCUUUGCCGAGCCCCCGCUGGGUAAGAGACGCUUCCGGCGAGCCGAGCCAAAGAAGCCCUGGAAUGAUGUAUUUGAAGCCAAAGAGUACCCCAAUGCCUGCUACCAGUAUGUGGAUAAGUCUUGGCCUGGCUUUCCUGGCAGUGAGAUGUGGAACCCAAACCGAAUGAUGAGCGAGGACUGCCUCUACCUCAACGUAUGGGUACCAGCCUCUCCCAGGCCACACAACCUGACUGUAAUGGUGUGGAUCUAUGGAGGAGGUUUCUACAGUGGCUCCUCCUCCCUGGACGUCUAUGAUGGCCGUUACCUGGCAAACACAGAGAAGGUUGUUGUGGUCUCCAUGAACUACCGAAUAGGUGCAUUCGGGUUCCUUGCCCUUCAUGGUUCUUCUGAAGCACCUGGUAAUGUGGGUCUCUUGGAUCAGCGCCUAGCCCUCCAGUGGGUCCAAGACAACAUCCAGUUCUUUGGAGGCAACCCAAAGCAAGUGACCAUCUUCGGCGAGAGUGCCGGUGGGGCAUCGGUAGGGAUGCACCUCUUGUCCCCAGACAGUCGUCCAACGUUCACCCGUGCUAUCUUGCAGAGUGGGGUCCCCAACUGCCCAUGGGCUACAGUCAGCCCAGCUGAAGCCCGCAGGAGGGCCACCCUGUUGGCUAAGUUGGUUGGCUGCCAGUUCAGUAAUGACACAGAGAUGGUGGACUGCCUGAGGAACAGGCCCCCCCAGGAACUGAUUGACCACGAAUUCCAGGUUCUCCCUUACAGCAGCCUCUUCCGGUUCUCCUUCGUUCCCCUGAUCGACGGAGUUGUUCUGCCCGACACACCAGACACCAUGCUCAGUUCGGGCAACUUCAAAGACACUCAGAUCUUGCUUGGUGUCAAUCAGGAUGAAGGGUCAUACUUCUUACUCUAUGGUGCCCCAGGAUUCAGCAAAGAUAACGAGAGUCUCAUCUCACGGGAGGACUUCCUGGAGGGAGUAAAGAUGAGUGUCCCACAUGCCAAUGACAUUGGCCUGGAAGCAGUGGUGUUGCAGUAUACUGACUGGAUGGAUGAGAAUAACCCCUUAAAAAACCGAGAUGCUAUGGACGACAUUGUGGGUGACCACAACGUGAUCUGUCCACUCCAGCACUUUGCCCGAGCAUAUGCUCAGUACAAUGCUAUGCAUUCCCAAGCUGGACAACCAGGCCAGGGGGCAGGAGCUUUUACUUGGGGAAAUUCAGGGGCCGAAUCCAAUAAUGGUGGAAACUCACAAGGUGCCAUAUAUCUUUAUCUGUUUGACCAUCGGGCAUCCAACCUGGCUUGGCCAGAGUGGAUGGGCGUUAUUCAUGGGUAUGAAAUUGAAUUUGUGUUCGGACUUCCCUUGGAGAAGAGACUGAAUUACACGUUAGAGGAAGACAAACUGAGUCGACGAAUGAUGAGAUAUUGGGCUAACUUCGCUCGCACUGGAAAUCCCAAUCUCAAUCCAGAUGGCAGUUUUGACAGGAGGAGGUGGCCGCAGUUCACAAACACUGAUCAGAAGCACGUGGGACUGAACACUCAACCAAUGAAAAUUUACAAAGGCCUGAGGACACAAAUGUGUGCCUUGUGGAACCGGUUCCUCCCUCGCCUUCUCAACAUCACUGAUAACAUUGAUGAAGCCGAGCGACAGUGGAAAAUGGAGUUCCAUCGUUGGAGCUCUUACAUGAUGCACUGGAAGAGCCAGUUUGAUCACUACAGCAAGCAGGAGCGCUGCACUGAUCUCUAAAUGGAAAGACGCAAAGCUAUAUGCGCUAGAGAUGUCAACAUCUUUUCGGUGUCAGCAACUUUGUUGCUGUUUAAAUGAAAUGGGUCAAAAGUUGUUCACAAGUAAUGUGACUGAUACACUCAUUGGAGGGUGGGAGUGAUUGUAGAUUUCUGAAUACUACACUAGCUGCUGUGUGUAGUGCACCUAGCAUUAGCGUUUGUCCUUUAAUGUCAGUCACUACUUUCUACCUGUAUUAUUCACUUACUCCUAAGAAAUGUAGAACUCUUUGUGAUGCUCGGCAGGCUGCUAUAGAGACCAUGUAAAGGUGUGGUCAUUUAUGGGAAAGAUGUGCAAUUACCUCUGAAGACCGAGAUUGUGUGGGUAUGACUGUGUGUUGGUAUGCCUGUGUGUGUGUGUGUGUGUGUGUGUGUGAGUGUGUGUCUGGGGCAAGGAAACUCAUUGACUUCGGUCCUCAGGAUCCCCUUGUUUUCAUUAAUAUAUUUUAAUUUUGCCUUUUUUUGAUUUGCUUUCUUUUAGCGUCUCUGCUGUGUAUGUUGGUCUUAGUGAAAUGUCCAAUGCGUAUUCUGUGUACACUAGUAUCCAUUCAUAUCUCUCUAUAUGUCUGUCUGUACAUCUGUCUGUGGGUCCAGCUUACACCGUUGAACAGGUAUAUUAAUCAGGAGGCAACUAAAACACUGCUCUAGAUUGCACUGAACACAUAUAUAAUCCGUACUGUUUUGUGUGUGUGUGUGUGUGUGUGUGUAUGUGUGUGUGUAUGUGUGUGUGUGUCCUAGUGUUUCACUGUAAGUAUCCAUAUUUCACAUGUCUUUUCAUCAUUACUCUUCAGCAUGACUAUUGGUCCUCUUUGCAUGGGUUUGUACAAUAAAUUAUGCCUAUCAAAGGCAUUGCACCAGAAAGUUAGCCCGUGUUCACUUAACUCAGUGUACGUUUGUGAAUGCAUGUAUUUUUGUGAGUGUAUGCGUAUGUCUGCCGGAACAAAUGAAUACCAUUACAGAACGUUAUUGUCACUGUGCUAGAAGGUUGGCCUGUGUUUCUUUUUUUUCUCCUUCAGACUGUGUGUGUGUAAGCACUCUCCCAAUCCAUUAUCCUAAUGGAGGAGAGGCCAUUUACUUAGUUUUAUUUAACAUGACAGGCUGCUGAGUCAGCCAUUGUAUUGCCUGACAGCUAUUAAUUGCUGUGGGUAAAUGGGAGAGGUAGAAAUGAGAAACAAAAUGCAGGUUCAUGAAACAUCUCCCUUUACCCCUCAGCCACUUGCACCCAUUCAACACAACCAGGAUCUUUGUUUGCUUUUUAACUAAACAAAAUACAUUGUGCAUGCUUUAUCAGGUCUCAACAGUGGAAGACUUAUUACAUGUUCUUUGACUUAAUUAGAUUUGGGGAAACUGUUUGUCAUAUGUCUACUUUCAGUUUUGAUCACUGUCUCUUUACAUGUCUGCACCAAUCUGUACAGUAUUUAUUUUGAUUCCUGUCAACAGUAUGGAUAGUAUCUGAAUCAGCUCUGUGGCUGAAUGAGGGGUCUUUUGGCAAGUAUACUUUGAUCGAUUUUGUCACCAGGCAUGUAAUUCCUUGUGACUGGAAUGGUGUUCUGUAGUUUCAGUAGAAUGUUUGUCAAAAUGACAUAGAAUUUAGAUGAUGAAAGGGUGUUGUGUAUGUAUACAGGUAUGUAUCUAUGGGAGUGUGUGUGUGUGUGUGCGUGUGUGCGUGCGUGCGUGCAUGUGCGUGUAUGCACGUGGGUGCAUGUGUGUGUGUGUGUGUUUAUGCGUGUGUUACACAAGUUGAUGCGCUUAAGGCAAAUGAAAAGCCCUCUAUAGUUUCCCUUAUGCCAGAUAGUACUUUCUGCAUGUUCCUGGCCUCCUCCAUUCUGCAUUGUGCACCACAUUGACUGUUACCCUCUAUAAGAUAGCCUAUACACAAUACAAGUGUGUGUUAUACCUAUUAUCAAGUGAAAGUACUACUAUAGCUCUGAAAAGGUCUACAUUAGCAAUAAAUUGAAACACAUUGUUCAUUGUAUUUGGUAUUUGAAUCCAAUGACACAUUUUCACUUAUUAUUUUGAUGAUGGUCAUUGUAAUAAGGCUUUGAUAUGUCUGAACAAAGCAAUAUAAAGAGUGCCAUAUUUUAUUUCAGUUUAUUUUAUGUAUAACUUCUCCUUUUUUCAAAAAAGACACCCGUUCUGUACAUCAUUUGUUACAGUCGCUAGUACUUUAAAUAGAAUGGCUUUUGUAGAUUAUGUAUUGUAGUCAUGGAUGCAAGCCUGUUGUGUGUUCAAAGCAUCUAAUAGAAACCCCAUGCUGCUGUCUUGUAACCACAUUAGAUUAAGAUAGUAAGUACUAACAUAACAUUUAUACCGUUGAGCACUGGAUUGAGAAAGAUUCUUUCUUGGACUGAAAUUCAGAACAUAUCCAAUUAGGUGAAAUAAUAUUUUGUUUAUUAUUAUUAUUAUUAUUAUUAUUAUUAUUAUUAUUGCUGUCGUUAUGAUGUUUUUUUAGUUGUCAUUUUUUGUUGAUGCACCAGAUGAAGCCCCCUGUGCCAAACCUGUGUGGUGGCAGUAUGGUGCCAUCUCUGCAUGUUACUGUGUUUUCUCUUCUUUCUCUGGGUACUGUAAUUUAAGCCCCACAACACAACCUCAUUAAAUAAAUUAGAUUAAAAAUGA